CCAAUGCCUUUUUCAGGAGGCUGGGGAGACCCAUGACAUCACAAGGGGCUGCUUGAAGCAUCUGUGAGGCGCUGCCUACCCCAAGAAGGUCUCCCCAGGGACGCCCAGCCCUGGCACCCUGACUCUGGCUCACCGGCCGGCUUGUGGCAUCGAGGACAGUCCUGGGCGCUGCCCACAGGUCCUUUAGCCAGCCAUGGCGCGGCCACUGAACAUGGACACCCUACAGCAGAACUUCUGGAAGGAAGAGUACAACAAAGAGCUCGUGACGCGCUACCGCUGGCACCAGAAGUACGGCGCCAUCGUGAAGGCCAAGCAGCAGGCACAGAGGGAGCGUCGGAAGAAGGCCAUGGACAACACCUUACGGCUCCCCUCCGUCAAGCCAGCCCCACUGGACGUAACCCCCCAGCGCCCCAUUCCGCCUUUCACGGCAGCCCCCGCAGGGCUGGCGCGGGAACGAGACCUGACCGGGGUGGACGCCGCGAUCCUGGAGAUGGAAAUGAGGCCUGCGCCUCGGGAGUUGCGCAACCUCCUGUACCAGGGCAUCUCGCACGAGGACGAAGGGCGCAAGCGCUACCUGAAGCUGCGCCUGCUCGUGAACCCGGAGGACAAAUAUACCUUUCCUGUCACCACCAACUUCAACUAUGGCUGGCAGAUGGGGAAGCUGGCCACCAGCCACGUCGCCCCCACCCCCAAGUGCCGCAUCGACAGCUUCUUCCGCAAGAACGGCGCCUUCUCCCUGCUCCACCCGCGCGACGUGGCCCUAUGAGCGAGACCCGCCUGCUCCCCCGGCUUCGCGCUUGCAAACAAAGCUCUACAUGUUUUAUCACUCCAGUCUCCUUCUCUGGUGCCUUCCUUUGAUUUCCUUCCUUGACUUCCAAACACCUGGAGAACGGCCAGGGCCAAGGGCCACCUUGACUGAUAUGGCUGGGGGAGGAGCCUAUGGGGUUUGGGGCGGGGCAGAGGGCGGAGCCUGUGGGUUCCGUGGGAAGAGGGCGGAGCCAAGUGCAGCUUGUGGAAGAGCAUUUGUUCAUUUCAGCCUGAGUGCAAGAAACCAGAUUUAUUUGAUGGAAGCGCUUGAGAUCAAACCCAGAGUUGUUGUUUUUUUUUAAAAAAGCCAGAUUGGGUGUUAGAGUUGCCAACUGCUGAGGAUCUUUAAAACCAUAGAUGCCGGUGUUGAGGGCUGGUUGGGUACCAUCCAUUCUUUUCAUUGUAACAACAACAACAACAGACAACCAUUUUAUUUCUUAUACCCUGCCCAUCUGGCUGGGUUUCCCCACCCAUUGUAGGAUGAACACUUUUUAAAAAUGUAUUUAUUCCAUAAAAUUUACACGCCGCUUGAUUGUUAACAAGGAAAAAAAAGGCUCAAAACAAGGUGAAACAGUGAAAUUAAUGCACAGGUGUUAUACGAAAAAACCUGCUCCCUUUCCCUUCGCAGGCAUGUCCAAAGUCUGUUUUGGGGGCCUAAUCUCACCCGCAAAUCGGUUUAAUCUGGCCCCUGUGGCAGUAUAUCUCCUGGGGUAAAAGCCUAACAACAACUUCAAACCUAAAAAGGUCAACAACUUUGGUCGGCCCUCACAGCCCUUCACUUCAACAAAUCUGGCCCUCUUUGAAAAAAGUUUGGACACCAUAGCAUGGGGUAUCCAAGAGCCCGUAUAGAGUCCUUAUGCUGGUUUUCUAUCGGUAGACGGGAAUAACAGAGACCAACCAGAGUAUAUUUGAGAAGCAAAGCAGCUAGUAAGCCUGAUCUUUAUUAAUCUGUUGAAACAGGGUCCUCCUCUCACCGCACACAGGAACCCUGAACAAUAGUGUGCAGGUCCUUAUAUAGACUUUUGAAAUUGCCCACCCUGUAGCCCAAGAUCACCCCCC